UAAUGAUCACUAAAUUGCUGUGAUUUUUACUUUCCAACAAUAAUGAGUUAACACAACAAAACACAGCUAACUGCUGUUCUUGCAUUUUAAAAAGUGAGCUUGUUGGCGAGCUGGAUUGUAAAGGCGCCUGUCUCUAAAGUAUUUUGGGUCAACUUCUGCUUUUUAAAUGUGCUGUGGGCUAUAAAUAAAAUAGAUGUGACAGUCAACACGGUGCAUGUAUGAGGCACAUUUUUUCAUUUCCAAAAAUAAAUAAAUAACACAGUUCAGUCGGUUACAUGUUGAACUUGAAGAAGAUAAAACAAGAUAUCGAUCCUCCUGUGCUCGUAUCAAUCCGUUACCAGUAUUAGUGUUGGUAUGAUACUCUUGAUAUUCACAUUGUUCUGUCGUUCAGGUGUGCCACGAAUCACCUCAGUUUUUCACUGUGUUCUGUGUAGCAGCUAUGCAAACAAGAAGAGCAAAGAUAUUUUUGGACUUGUGAUUGUUGUUAGUGCACAGCUGUGGAGCACAAGUAUUUAGGUUCACCCUCCCCACCCCAGGCAGACAUGCAUGAGCUAUUUAACCUGCAAACACACAGCCUGGCAGCUGAUGGACAGUUAAGCUGCUAAAGACCCGAAAAUUCACCCCAAAGGUUUAAAGGAGAGCAAAGCUAAAACAGGAGGUAAUAGCUAUGACUUCCUUUAGUCAGACUUUGAGCUUUCUGCUAAUCAGCUCUACUGUGUUAAUGUUACACUGUGUGCCGAGUACAAAUGUCUUCCCUAUAUUCUUUCAUGGACGCCCCCAAGUGGAAAUCAGCAGCAUUACAGCAUCAGUCCAAGAUAAAAAUAGCUCAGUUUCGCUUUCCAAUCGUCAGAAAUGAUACCGAAGAUUUCCUCCUCCCAUGAAACCAGCGGCCGCUGUCGUCAAACUGCGGUUUGGUCUCCCAGGUGGAAGGAAACGCAGGCAGAGCUCGGACACGAUGGAGACGGAAAUACUGAGAAUGAUCUGCGCCGGCCAAGGAGCAGUCAACACGGAGGAUUUAGUGUAUAAUCUGUUUUCCGGAGAUCCCACGAAGUUGUCGGAGAUCAUUUGUAACCGAGAGAAAUUUGUUUCCUGUUGUCCAAACGGACAGCCGAAGGUGGUGGCCAGGACCCGCCUGAGACUUUGCAGAGUGAAAGACUGCCCGGGGACGUGCAGGGCUCUGCACCUGUGCAAAAACUUCCUCUUCAGCGGAUUCUGUCAGUUCACUCAGCUCAGGAGGGGCUGCAGCUUCUCCCAUGAGCUGACGUCUGAGCAUAACCAAAGACUUCUGAGGGAGCAUGAGCUGGAGAGCCUGAGCCGAGAGGAGCUGUGCACCCUGCUGCUGCAGAGUGACCACACACUCCUUCCUGCUAUAUGCUACGACUACAACAACGGUGAUGGAGAGUUUGGCAGGUGUCAGGAUGGUGAUGGUUGCAAGAGGCUUCACAUCUGCCAGAAGUACAUCAGCCGUGAAUGCAGCUGCUCGAGGAAUCACAAUUUUACUGCUCCACAGCCCAUAAAAAAUGUCCAAGAAAGAGGCGUACCUGGUGCCCUUCUGCCAUCCUUGAAGGCUGUGUAUGCAAAUAAAGAGGCUUUGAGGCUGGCUGAGAAUGGUCAACAACAGCGGAGAGGCAGAGGAAGAGGUGGUAGGGGUGCGACAGGCAGAAGGGGCAAUAGGGGAAACAGAGGAAACCAGAGCAGCCGACCAGUGCAGAAUCGAGCCUCCUCACUUACUGAGAUGCUUGCUGGCACUCACAUCUUCGAUCUGUACACCAGUAAUGGACUGAAUGAAAGCGACGAUGAAAACUCUUCCACCAGUGACAUCUCCGCAGCCACCAGUGACAACGAUGCGAGCAGUGAAAACGGUGAGACUCGAAGACGGAGACGCCGUCAUGGAAGAAGUCAAGCAGCUGUCAGAGGGAGAGGCGGCAACAGGGGCACCAAUAAGCAACCACUACCAAAAACUCGUUCAUCAAGCAACAUUAACGCUGCUGUCAGUGAUGAAGCUGCUAAAGGUGGAGAAUGGCAGAACAAUAGACAGAGGCCUGUCAGAGAUAAAACAGGGAUCUGCAUGUACUUCAUUAAAGGUCACUGCAAACAUGAUGAUCGAUGUUUUAAAGCUCAUGACAAGAUGCCGUACCGAUGGCAGGUCCAAGAUGGACACCAGUGGACUGAUUUGCCCGAUAAUGAGACAAUUGAGAGAGACUACUGUGACCCCAGUAACUCAUACAGUAGCACCAGUCCAGCCGUGCACUUUGACACGAUGACCUGUGGAUCGAACAAAGUACGUCGACUCUCGACAGAAAACUCCGUGAUCGAGCCGACUUUCAUCCACACCACCGAGUGGCUUUGGUACUGGCAGGAUGAGUUUGGGAAGUGGAACAUUUAUUCCGCAGAUACUAGCGGACAUAAAGCAGCAGACAUCAACAGCACAAAGCUGGAGGAGAAGUUCCUGGCCAAUGACAAAGACGUGGUGGAGUUCACUGCUGGCUCCCAGUCGUAUUCACUCAGUUUCCAGGACAUGAUACAGACAAAUAAACGCUAUGGCACCAAAAGGUGUGUGUGCAGACGGCCACUGUUUGUCUCUGCUGCAGAUGUCCUAACAAAGAAAGUCAGACGGCCCGUGGUUAAAGCAUCUGCUCCAAUACCAGACAACUGGGACAAGACACAGAUCCCCGAAACAGGAUAUUCGCGAAUCUCCGUCCAGCGCACUUCAGAUGAAUUUAAGACGGUGGAAACUCAUUUCUGUAAAACCAUGAAAGGCUUUGAUAUUGUCAAAAUUGAGAGGAUUCAGAACAAAGCUCUUUGGGAAGUCUUUCAAUGGCAAAAGAAUCAGAUGAAGACCAAAAACAAAGGGGGAAAUGUGACUGAGAAAAAGCUUUUUCAUGGCACUCACUCCAAAUUUGUUGACACCAUCUGCCACCACAACUUUGACUGGAGAAUCUGCGGACUUAAUGGAACGGCUUUUGGCAAAGGUAGUUACUUUGCCCGUGAUGCCAAAUACUCCCACAACUACACCGGUGACACUGACGGCAGAGACAUGUUCAUCUCACGGGUGCUGGUGGGAGACUUCACCAAAGGGUCCUCCGAUUAUCCCCGACCUCCUUCGAAGGACGGAGGGGACAUAAACUUCUAUGACAGCUGUGUUGACGAUGUAUUGAACCCCUCCAUAUAUGUGGUGUUUGAGAAGCACCAGAUCUACCCCGAGUACCUGAUAAAGUACAAGACCACACACCCACUAGUUAGUACGUUGAUGUACAGUGGUGGUGCAUCAGCACCAAAGCCAGUGGCAGCACCAAAGCCAGUGGCAGCACCAAAGCCAGCUACCAUAUCGGCUUACCAACCUAGCAUGAUCUCCUCUGGAUAUAAAGCCAGUACCUCCGCUUCUUUUUACUCACCUAACACAACCUCUUCGCCCCACCAAUCCAGCUCUGUGUUUUCUGGGUACCCAUCUAGCUCGGCGUCUUCUGGGUACCCAUCUAGCUCGGCGUCUUCUGGGUACCCAUCUAGCUCGGCGUCUUCUGGGUACCCAUCUAGCUCGGCGUCUUCUGGGUACCCAUCUAGCUCGGCGUCUUCUGGGUACCCAUCUAGCUCGGCGUCUUCUGGGUACCCAUCUAGCUCGGCGUCUUCUGGGUACCAAUACAGUACCUCGUACUCAAACAUCAGAACAGUUAACCAGCCCAAACACGUCCCUCCAUCUCCCUCAGCACCCCCAAAGAAAACAUCCGAUUCUUGUGUCAUUGCUUAACAUCAGUGGUGUAAAGGGGGUUGGUGGUGUUUUGCAAUAAUAAUAAUAAUAAUAGCAUAAAAACAGACAGCAAUGGUGGAUCUUGAGCUCUAAAAGUGUUAAUUGGAGCAACUGAGAAGAAAACAAAUGAAGCCACAGAUAUUAAUGAAUUCCAGAAGAAUAUGUGAUUUAUUAGCUGCUGUUUAUAAUGAACAGAUAACCAGUUUAGGAUUAACUCACUUCUCAGUCAGCUGCUAUUAAAGCAGCUUCACAUGACUUUGAAUGAUGAGACUUUGGUUUGCUGAAUAGGUAAGCGAGAGGCAGUGCAGAAGAAAGCUUCAGAACUGUUACAUUUUCCCGUUACACUUCAUAAUUUCUUUUUGUUGUUGUUUUGAUGCUUGAAUUUUUCCACCUCGAACAAAUGUAAAAUGAUUUUCUACAAAUUGCCAGCAUUUCCACACACUGUUUUUAUGUGCAAAUUGAAGAUGCACGUAAACAUGUGGCAUGUUGGCACAAUCACAAUUGUUGAGGUGUUGUUUAAAGACACUACACUAACUUUUUUACAGAAAAUAAAAAAUAAACGGCAGCGGCGUGCGAGCCAUAUCAGAAGAAACACCUGAGUGCUUUCCUCGUGAUUAUCUCAGGAAGUUUUAUACGUCAUCCACAUUUAGUGGUUACCAUACGAACGCAUCGUACUGUAUCACGUAAUGAUGAAAAACACUGUGUCAGAUUAGGCCAUUAGUGUCACGAAUUCUCGUAACAACUUAGUCAAGACACAUGACGGACUGCGCGUUGGUGCCUGAUGAUAGCUUUGCUGCUUUAGACGAUCUUUGUGAUGUCAGCAGGAAGCUGGGCCCAACUUCUGGGAACACGGAAACAAACAGCGGCGCCGUGUGAUAGUCACUGCUCCGUGUUUGGGAAAAACCUGAAAGAAAAUGUUUAAUGUUGUUUACAACUACGAGUGACAAACUCAGGAGUACAAAGCUACCUUGAGUCACUUUAAAUAUUGCUCUAGUGACUGGAUGCCAGUAUAUCUCAGUGCUCACAGAGCAGGUGAUCCAUAUAACAUAAGGCUGUUGCAGAGGGCCGGGCUCAAAUCUGACCCCACACCAUUUGCACGCCUUCUCCCUCCUUUACUGUCCUAUCAUAAACAAACGCCCCCCAUAAAUGUUGUUCACUUACUGGAUUUGCGUCUUUCAGUGAACAUUAAAAAAAUAUAACUGGUUGAGAAUCAACCCCAGCCACUGCAACCUCACUGUUUCCGAGUGAUGGUGAGUGUUUUGGGGCGAUAUCCAAGCGUGGCCUGCUCAUUCCAUUUGUCUAUAAGGUCUUUUUUUUUUUUUUUUUUUUAAAUAAAUCUUCCCGUAAGAAGAUUAACGAUUGUUUGGAUAUUGCAUUUUGGCGAUAUCUCUGUAGGGUCCUGCUCAAAGCCUGCUUAACCGUGAUUGGUUAAUGCUCCUUGGGAUUUCUCUUUAAUCUUUCAAGUGAUUUGAAAAUAAUUUAUGAUUAAAAUGAAAAAAAAUGUGACUUAAUCUUUUACCAACCACUAGAAGGUAAAAAAACAGGCUAUAUUGAUUAUUUUAUUGAUAAAAUGCAAAUGAAAGGCUUGUAAUGUGCAUGGUGGGUGAUUUGUUUAGGGUGUGAUUAUUGAUCAUUUCACCUGCUCAACAUGAAUAAUCACUGUUUUCACAAUUAUUAAAGUAAAGCAUGUUGCAGCACA